GUGAGAGCGCAGUGUGGGCGGGGUUUGGUGCUUGGCGUUGCUGUGCUCGGUGUAUCACGGGAGAGAUCGUUGCAGACAUGGCGGAGAGUGACUGGGACACCGUGACCGUGCUCAGGAAGAAGGGACCGACCGCCGCACAGGCCAAGUCCAAACAGGUACCAUCACCUCCCAUCCGGGCUCCCAGGGGCCACACCAUCACCACCUCACACCCAGGGGCCCUCACCACCUCACACCCAGGGGCCACACCAUCACCACCCACACCCAGGGGCCCUCACCACCUCACACCCAGGGGCCACACCACCACCCCGGGGCCCUCACCACCUAGCCAGGGGCCACACCACCUACCCCGGGCCCUCACCACCUAGCCAGGGGCCACACCACCUACCCAGGGGCCCUCACCACCCAGGGGCCACACCACCUACCCCGGGGCCCUCACCACUCACAUCCAGGGCCUCACACCCAGGGGCCACACCACCUCACCCCAGGGCCACACCCACCCUCACACCCAGGGGCCACACCACCACCUCACACCCAGGGGCCACACCACCCCUCACACCCAGGGCCACACCACCUCCCUCACACCCAGGGGCCACACCACCAACUCACACCCAGGGGCCACACCACCUCCUCACACCCAGGGGCCACACCACCUCCUCACACCCAGGGGCCACACCACCAACUCACACCCAGGGGCCACACCACCAACUCACACCCAGGGGCCACACCACCUCCUCACACCCAGGGGCCACACCACCAACUCACACCCAGGGGCCACACCACCAACUCACACCCAGGGGCCACACCACCAACUCACAUCCAGGGGCCACACCACCUCCCCCAUAACAGCCGUUACCCAGCCAGUCUCCCAUCCAGGGUCCCCCACCCUGCGAGUCUCCCAUCCAGGGUCCCCCACCCUGCGAGUCUCCCAUCCUGGAUCUCUAGGUGUAACCAGGCCUCCCCCACGCCGAGUGUGAUCGUAGCGGAAUACCAACAUGGGCCACAGGUGGGUGGAGACUGUAACUCCACAAACAAAUGGCCCCCAAGAAACCUAAACUGGAGAAUAGCAUGCAGUGAGGGAGGGUAUCCCCCAAAACAUAUACCCCCUCCCAAACAGGCAUAGAGGCAACCUCAAAAUACAGCAUGUUAUUCUCCAUUACAUUUUGAGGCCCCCUCUAUGCCUGUUAGGGGGUACAUUAUUCUGAGGUCCCCUCCCUCACUGCAUGUUAUUCUCCAGUACAUUGAGGGUAUCCUCAAAAACAUGUAUAAACCCCUCCCCCUAACAGGCAUAGAGGGGUUCUCAAAAGAAUAUACUGACGAAUAGCAUGCCGUAAGAGUAUCUCUUCCCUCACCCCUCCUGCCCUUAACAGGACAAGAAGGGACUUCAGAAUAAUAUACUGGAGAAUGGAUCCCCCCCAAACAGGCAGUGAGGGACACUAAAACCAUGUACUAGAGAAUGGAUCCCCCCCAAACAGGCAGCGAGGGACACUAAAACCAUGUACUGGAAAAUGGAUCCUCCCAAACAGGCAGCGAGGGGCCCUAAAAUCAUGUACUGGAAAAUGGAUUCCCCAAACAGGCAGCGGGGGUCCUGAAUAACAUGUGCCAGACUAUAGACCCCCUGGUUGUGCACUAUAUGUAAAACCCAUGUGACUCAACAUGGCAUCGAAGGGGCCAGUCUGUGAACAGUGUUUGUUUUGGGUUUAACAUGGCUUUAACUUACUAUAGUAACGAAGUCUGGUCUCCUGUAUUAUUGUUUACGUAGAAGAUUGUACCUUGCUUUCACUUUUUCAGCAUUAUGAAAUAUAAUUUACAUACAUUUAUACAUAUAUUUUUGUUUUCCCCACCUUUAAUAUAUUUGUUCUAUAUUUAAAACAUAAGCUGGUUGAAUAGAUUGCUUCCUGAAAUGUCUACAUUUUUAUAUAAACUGUAGACCCCAUAAUUACUUUAACUGAUAGUAGUUUUGCCGCCAGUAGUCUGUGCACUAGGUUCUGCAUCUGUUUAGUGGUUUCCUCACAGUAGACUCCAGGUACAUUAGCAAGUUCAAAGAGUUGAAGUGGUUAUGGUGCUUACAAUGUUCCUUUAAAUAAGAGGCUGGGCAUUCCUGAAAACAGUGUGAGAGGCUGUGUGCAGGGCUCCUAUUGAUUUCAGCGGUACUGGGCCAGUACUCCCAGCAGCUUGGCUUCACAUUGGAAUGGCAUUUGUUGAGGUGAAUGGAGGCUAAUCAUGGCUGCACUCUCCUUUUGAGUAUGUCGCUAGCAUUUUCUAUUUUAGCCUUAAUUAUACAUUCCAUGUUCAGACCACUGUUUAGUAAAUAUACCGUAACGAGCUUAAAGUCUAGGUUGUCUGGUCUUGUUGUUUCAGUGAAUAGACCCUCUGUCUGUGUGGAUCCUGCUGCCUGUAACUUUUUAUUUGGAGACGGGAUUGCUGUGGUUUCAUUGCAUGUGCCAAAGCCUGCUCUCUUUAAAUCCAUUGAGACCUGCUUUCGUUUAAUUACCUAAAGGAAUAAAUUCUGUUUGCACCAGUAAUUCUAAAAGCAAAUUGAAAUUUGAGCUAAAUGAUUGUCAUGUGUCACAUGACUAUUUUUCUGAACUGUGUGCAGUGCGCAUGCGUUUACAUUGUCAGUAGUGAAUUAGUAACAUGAUUAAAAAAUAAAAUAUCCUUGUAUGAUCUCAAUAUUGCAGCUGUUUAAAACCCCAGGUAUGUAGCUGCAUAUAAUAGUCAAUGUAAGGCUUUGUUCACUUUAAGCAGCAUGGUCAGUACUCCCUGCUAUGUGUAGUUUGAUGCCAAGACACUGAAAUUCUUACUCUCCGAGUCUUUUUUUAAAGUAGAAUGUCCACCAUCUUCUAAAUAACCAGAGGAAAGCGUUUGUUAAAUGCUUUUCUGUGGGGUAGGUCCAGUGUAUGAGCAGGCAAAGACAAGGGACCUUUUAGGGCAAAAAUAAGGUGAGUUCUUAAAGGGUUAUUUAAAGGGACACUAUAGUCACCAGAACAACUACAGCUUAUUGAAUUUGUUCUGGUGAGUAGAAUCAUUACCAUCAGGCUUUUUGCUGUAAACACUGUCUUUUCAGAGAAAAUGCAGUGUUUACAUUACAGCCUAGUGAUAACUUCACUGGCCACUCCUCAGACGGCUUUUAGAGAUCCUCCCUGGGUCAUGGCUGCCUAAAAUGCAUCCAAAUAUUCAGUAUCUCCUCCCUCUGCAUGCAGACACUGAACUUUCCUCAUAGAGAUUCAUUGAUUCAAUUAAUCUCUAUGAGGAGAUGCUGAUUGGCCAGGGCUGUGUUUGAAUCAUGCUGGCUCUCCCCCGAUCUGCCUCUUUGUUAGUCUCAGCCAAUCCUAUGGGGAAGCACUGUGAUUGGAUCAGGCUACCACUUCUGAUGAUGUCAGCAGACUGCUUGUUUUUAGGAGGCAAACAGCGUGCAGGGUUAUAGCUUCAGGCUUAUUAAGUGUUCUUGCAUAGCAAGACCACUUAAUGUUAUCUCACAUAUAUAUUAUUAUUAUUAUUAUUAUUAUUAUUAUAGCAAAAUUUGCCACCCUAACUCCUCCCACAGUUUUUACACUACAUAGACCAAAAUUUACCAAAACAUGCAGAUUGUUCCCGAUUGGAUUGCUAUUACUUUGUGGAACGUUUCGCCGAAUGGUUCACGGAAUAUCGUCGUUUUUGUGGCGCAAUUUGUCCCAUAGGAAUGAAUGGCAAAGCUAGAGUGGGAGCUGCCAAAAGCUGAAAAAUCAGGACAUGAUUUCUAAACUGCCACCACUCCCUCAUUUUCAAGCCCACCUACACAAAUCUUAUAUCAAAACGUUCAGCUAUCCCUGCUGCCACUAAACAUGUAAACGGCUAAGCCGUAGUCCUGAUAGUUUUCACAAUAUGACCAUUUGUUUGCAACCAACGCCGUCCAUUGACAUUCAUUGAAACUUCACUCUGCAAAGCUCAAAUUUGAAGUGCAAUUUCUAAACUGCGACUGUGCCUUCAAUUUUAAUACUUCAGAGACAUACUAUGCAUCAAAAUGUAGGUCUGGGUCUUGUGAUUCUCACAAUAUAAAGCUCUUCACUGUAGGAGUUAUAGUUUUUAAGAUACGACCGUUUGAAGAUGGCAACCGCCAAAAUACUCUGACCUGUGUCAAGCUGCAGCAGCAAGUGAUGUCAUAGACAGGGCCUUUUGAACACCUGCUAAUGUUUUUAUAAAUGUAUGGUUUAAUGUAACUGUGCAACAACGUUGCAAUUAAAUGUGCUAUGUAAAUGAUAACAGUUACUCCGCCCACUCCAGUUGUAGACUACUGGUGGAGGCAAGAACACUUCACACAAUUUCCCCAGAAAUUGUAGAUUUUCUAGUUUACAGUAAGAUUUAGCUAUAUUUAUGGAGGCAUGAGGGGCCCAGAGGGGCUAGAUGGUGGUUUUAACUCUAUAGGGUCAGGAAUACAUGUUUGUGUUCCUGACCCUAUAGUGAUCCUUUAAGCCUUUGAGCGUCGUGGGGGGAGGGCAGAGACACUAUAGUAUUCCUUUAAUUGAACUUUAAUCACACACAGGAGGUUGUUGCAGGUUAUUAACUUAUCAGGAGAUAAUAACAUUCUAAAUUUUAACACAUUGUGCAAUAAAGUAAGUUUAAAAAUGUAGAAUCUUUUUCAGGAAGGGAUGGAAGCUGUGUGAGUAUCAUCCAGAGGAGACAUGGCUAGGACUGCAUUAACUGUGAUUUAAAGUGGCCCAGUCAAGUUUUGUUAACGUGACUGCUAUAUUAAUCACAAUUUUUCCUCUUAUCUUUGGAUUUGUUUUUUCUUCUUUCUGAAGUGUUUAGGAAAAAGAGAUUUGGACACUGGCCGUUGUAUAGCAGCAAACUAGAUAAAGUUUAUUGUGGUGGCAGGAAGUAUUGGACUAGAUAAAGUUUAUUUGAUGGUGGAUUUAUUUCUAUUUGGUGGCAGAGCUGUUUUAACGCUGAAUGGCAGAGAAUUGAGUUUCGAAACUGCUUUAGUUGUUUUGCUGUUUAAGUGCUUCUUUUAAGAAAUUACAAAGACAGAAUUUGUAAUGUCACUUUCUGGGAUCUUUGUAUCAUUUCCAAUGAUCUCUGGAAGUGAUAGAUCUAGUUUGGUGUCCACAGGUGCAGGGCAGGUGAGUUUUACCCUCCUCAAGCUGGCCCUCACAGCUGUCACCAUCUUCAUGAUGGAACCUCAAUAGAUCGAUGUCUAUAUCUUUCAGCUUGACGGUUGUUUGGAUUUGACAAAAGUUAACAGCUGAGCUCUGUCUUUUUGUUAACUUUAGUCAAACUCAGAUUUAUUAUAAGACUGGUGCUUAUUUCAUCUUUUGGAUUGUGUUGCAAUGUCAGAGAGAUUAUAUCUUUAUGAGAUUCUGAGAAGUGACGUAUCUGGUUUAAAGAGAUAUAUUAAAGCUUAAAGUGAGCCUGUCAUGACUGGCUCCCUUUAUACAGUCCUGGGAACCACUGUGAAUCCAUUAGUUUUACUUCCUGUUAUUGUGGUUUCUUUAUCACAAGUCUGAAGUUCAAGAUUGCAAGAUCCAGUAUAAACAUUGCAAUGCUUUCCUUGGUACUGUGCUUGGGCACUUUACAAAUCAGCACAGAGGGUGCCAUGGUUGGUAGUGUGUACCUCAGAAGCCAUUGAUAAUCCAGCAAUUCCUAAAUCGCACAAUGUGACGUCUGGGCGGCCUGUUGUUGCAUACUCCGGGGUGGGUGGAAGUUCUAGAGAAUUAGUUUGGAACCAGAGGUUUUGUUUUUUUAACUUGAAGUGUAAGGGAUCUAUUAACUUAAAGUAACUUGGGAUUAUAAUCUGGGAACUGUACACAGCAAGCACAAAUCGAAGGGGGGAAAAAAUCUCAGCCCCAAAUAUAUGGUCUAAAAUGUGCAAUCCUAAUACCCCCACUAUUUAGUGAAUAAAUCCCUGCCUGGUUUACGCCCCUGUGCCGCUGUAGGUGCCAAAGGCUCGGGCUGGGAAACUGUAAAGCCACUUUGGAUUUUGGUGAAGCUGACUGACUAAAUGUUGGGUAAUGGGGUUGCACAUUUUAGAUCAAAUAAUUUGGGUUGGGAAUUCUUUUCCUUGAUUUGUGCUUGCUCUGUACAGUUCCCUUGUCUUAUUUUCCCAGUUCCUUUUAGUUAAUUCCUUACACUUGGUAUUCACAAACUCUGGUUUCAAACUAAUCAAUACCUUAACAUGAUAUAGAUUUGUGUGCACUCUAUAAAUAUAGCUACCUGACAUUCCUGCGCUAUUUCUGUACAUUGGGUGCAUUUGCUUCAUAUAACCAUCCCUGGCUCUGUCACUGGACCAGUGCAAUACAUGGCAUGUGCCACGCAGCUAGUAUAAACCACUGUGCCCAGCUGAGGGAUUUCAGUGGCUAUAUCAAUCCAUAGACUAUAAAGAAUGCUGUAUGGAAUACGUGAUCAUCUAAACAACUUUAGCUUAAUGAAGCAGUUUUUGUGUAUAGAUCAUGCCUCUCAGGUUUCACUGCUCAAUUCACUGCCAUUUAGGAGUUAAAUAACAUUGUUUGUUUAUUUAGCCCUUGUCACACCUCCUCUGACUCUGACACAGCCUGCAUGAAAACAAAACUGGUUUUGUUUUUAAUCAGAUGUAAUUCACCUUAACCAAUUAAGGACACAUGACAUGUGUGACAUGUCAUGAUUCCAUUUUAUUCCAGAAGUUUGGUCCUUAAGGGGUUAAACAAUUGUAUCUCUUUCUCUGUAGAUUGAACUUUAGUCACAUACAAGAUGCUCUUGCAGGGUAUAGCAAGCUAUUAACAAAGCAGAGGAUAAGAAAAUCUAAGUUAAAACUUGAACUAAAGGAAGGAUAAACUUUAGAUGACUCUUUACAGGAAGUGUUUAGGAAGGCUGUGCAAGUCACAUGCAGGGAGAUGUGACUAGGGUUCAUAAGAAAAGUGAUUUAGCUCCUAAAUGGCAAAGAAUUGAGCAGUGAGACUGCAGGGGCAUGUUCUAUUCACCAAAACUGCUUCAUUAAGCUCAAGUUGUUUUGGUGACUGUAGUGUCCCUUUAAUCUACAUGCAUACUUGAUUUACAGAGCGGGCGUGGACUUGCUACUUAAAUAAGGUGAGCAUGAUGAUUGUAGUAGGGGAUCCCUGGUAUUUGGGUUAAAGUCAAUCUCAGAGAGUCUUAAAGGAACCCUAUAGCAAUGGGAGAACAAACAUGUAGUCCUAAUGGUAAUCUAUAUAGGUCCCCCAGUUUUUUUUUUUUUCGCACCUCUUCACAUGACAUCAUGGAGGAGGCAUGACCUUCUCAGCCUUGGCCUGAUCCAAUGCUCCACAUAGAGAAGCACCAGGGGCUUAAUGCGCGUGUGUGGCCGUGUGUGCAUUUAAGCUUACCCAUAAAAACCAUUAAAUGAAUGCUUUCCAAUGGUGGCUUUCAUGUCAUGUGACCCAGUUUAACUUGGUCAGUGCAGCAGAGGCAACUCUAGUGGCUGUCAUGCUGACUGGUUUUACGUUGCUGGGUUAGUUUCUUUUUUGAAGGUGGACGCUUUCAGCUUUAAUGUGACUUCUAUUUUUAUGCAUUUUAUAAAUGAUGUAUAUUUAAAAAAAAAUACCCAAACCAGUAAGACUUCACGAACUGCCAACCUAUCCUACUAAGCUUCGGCAAUAAUUCUCAAUUUCCCGCAGUGAUCUAUGGGAUAUGUAGUUUAGCAAACAGCAGCAGUGGGUUUAGCAAGCUUUCCAUCCAUUACAGCUAUAGGUCUCUUAGAAGUGGGUUCUGUAAAGCUCAGUAAAUCUGCGAAUUGUAAUAUCCCACAAUACACUGAUAGAUGUGAUCAGUUAUAUGAUUUGGAGUGUUAAUUCAUGCUUUUUGUUUUGAUGGUUGCAGAUUUCUUACUCUAUUUGUUUUUGUCUUCCAGGCCAUUAUAGCUGCACAGAGAAAAGGAGAUGAUGUUGAAACCUCCAAAAAAUGUAUGUUACAAUACUGUUUUAGUUUUCUGCUGAUUGAAUGGGGGGGUGGUGAGUGUGUGAUAUUCUCUAUACUUUGUACGUUGGGGGUCUUUGUUUGCCUUAUUGACACAUUACCUGUUAUUUUACAAACAGGGUCCGCAGGUCAGAACAAACAGCACACCAUCACCAAGAAUACGGCCAAACUGGACCGGGAAACAGAAGAACUGCAUCAUGACAGAGUCUCUUUGGAAGUUGGAAAAGUCAUCCAGCAGAGCAGACAGGGUGUCGGGAUGACCCAGAAGGACUUGGCCACUGUAAGGGAACAUUUACACUUUACUAUGAGAGGACUGGAACCUGGGUCCUGUAGUGAUCUGCCAACUGAGACAUGUGGGCAUUAUAGUGAACUAGUACCGGCAUGCUCUGUCUAGCUUUGGGUGGAGAUCAUGGUCAUUAAAGGCACUUCCUAUUGCACUGGGCUUAAUUGCUUAACUGCCAAACAUGUCAUCAGUUUGGUGAGUUGUAGUAGAAAAUAAUUCUAUUACAUGCCACACAAGGCAGAAUAACACUUUCCAACAUUCUAAUUUUUUUAUGUUGGCAGUUUUCAUACCUGAAUAAAAUCUAAAUACGGACAUGAAGUGAAGGUAGCAAUAUAACAUUGUUUAAUUUCUACUUUUCUUUUGCACAGCCUUGUUAUAGUUGAUAAGUUAGUAAGUGUGUAGGAUACCACUUUGUCUCAUUAGAUUUUGCCUUUUAGCUGAAAGCAGCAAGGUGAAUCGUUGGUGUAGGACUAUUCUAAUAAAACCUUGAUAUUGGCAGAUAAACAUCCAAUUCAUUUCUUUUUCCUUCUCUGUUCAGAAAAUCAACGAGAAACCCCAGGUAAUUGCUGAUUAUGAAAGUGGAAAGGCCAUUCCCAGCAACCAGGUCAUGGGGAAGAUUGAAAGGGCACUGGGUAAGUUGAUUGUAGAUUUUGGAGAUCACUGCUAAUCACACACACACAUCCUCUUCUCCCUUGCAGCCUGGCACACUGCUGGGUGAUGCACUGUGUAGAUCUGCCCUCUCGUGGUAUGAUGACAUAAACUUGUAUCCUUGAGAGACGCAUAGGGCCGCAGGGAGUAGGAAAAGAGGUUUGUCCAGCAGGUACAGGCAAUUCCUGACCUGUUCAAUGUGUUGGAUUACAAGAUGUUCUUGUGGGGUGUUAAAAAUGCAAGGCAUCUGUAGUAUGGCAUUAAGAAACCAUUUACAAUGUGCCUUUCCACCUAGAGUUUGGACCUCCAUCAUUCUGUCGCCUGCACAAAAUCUUUAAGAAUUAUUUUUGAUUGGGAUAAGAAUUCAAUGGGUUCGCCCUGGGCCCCAGGCUCUCUUAGUUUCACAGUAGUGUCAUGUUUUUAGGCCCUAAAUCAUUUAUAGUCCAAAUCAGUUAAGAACUAUUGUUUUGCAUCAUUGGAUAACUGACCUUUUGGCAACAAACCUGAAACGCUGUCAGAGACUCUAUGCCAAAGAUUAGCCAUUGCUGGCCUAGUUUGCAAUUCUAUUCAGCAUUCAGCCAGACGCUCUGAGUCAGAGUCUAUUAUACACUUUGAAGUGUUUAUCAUGAGAUGAUCGUGUGCUUUUAUUUUUUUUAUACUAGUUUACUGUUAUGGACUGUUUGAUCUUCACGGGCUCAGUCACUGAUUAACAUGUUUCAACAAUAAACAAAACAUUGACAGGGAAAUUGUCUAAUGUAAUAACAUUGUCUUGUAGGAGUAAAGCUUCGUGGAAGGGACAUUGGAAAACCCCUGGAGGCCGCCCCAAAAAAGAAAUGAAAACAAAGCCUCGAAAUCAGUGCUCACCAGCUGAUCUCGACUGGUCGGUUUGUGCCGAAUCGGCCAGGAUGUUUCCGCAUUGCCAAGCUGAGCGCAGCUCUUUCAGACUAUACUAUUUGGGGGUUUGCGUAUAAUCAAAUCUUCUUACCUGCUGUAAAGAAAUGUAUGUAGUUCCUUUCUACCAAAUGGAAAAAAUUGCUACAGUUUAAUAUUACCCCACCCCGCAGUAGGGCAGGAUCCACAGGGAAUAAUGUUUGGGCGUGACUUGAUAUUUGGAUAACAUGGGAAUUGGGGAGGAAAAAAAUGUCCUUUCUCCAACAGAUACAAGCCAACAUCAUACUUUUUAAUUUUUGCAAAAAGGAGGGCUUGGCGUGGAUGGGAGUUUGAGGAACAUUCCUGUUGGUCACUUUAAUAUACCACAUCCCUUCUUUAAUGUAAUCGUAAAAUAAAGUUUGUUAUCCUUCUUCAUGUGAGCAGUAUGCCUGGAUAAUCCUGUCUCUGUUAAAGUGCAUCCAUUAUUUUCACUUGUUUUGAACGCAUGGCAGUACGUUAAAAUGGUGGGGGUGACCACCUGCUGUAAGGGGAGUGUCUAGGAAGAUAACAGACAAGUCACUCACCUUGUCUCUCUUUAUACAACGAUGUUCAUGUUGCAACAAACAGCACUCCGCUUCUAAAAGAAUGAGCUUAAUUAUAGGCUUUGUAUCCUAGAUGUGUUGCCAGCCAAAGACGAUCGUUUGUAAUAAGUCUCGGAGGAGGAUUUUGUAAUGUCCCCAAAGUUUGGAGUGUGCUUAACGUGCUGUUAAAGGAGCAGUAACCUCAAAAUGCUAAUUAUAGGGUCAGUAAUGGGGAUCAUAUAUCUUGCUUACCAGCAAAUUCUUAGUUUAGUUUCUGCCCCUAACUGUGCCUCCUGUCUGUUUCAGUAAGAAAUUCUGAACUCUAUCAGAAAUCAUUGGGUUCUUUACAAGGAGGCCGCUUCCUCAAAGACAGUUUGGGGUUCUGUUGGGCUACUGUGCCUAUAUUAUUGGAAGGGCUGCAGCUAUGGUGCUCGGUGAAUUAUAUGGUGCUCGUUUCAAACACCAUUUAAUAGCCUAUGAAUUAUGGACAUGUAUGCAGCAACUGGGGUGGCAGUUAAAGGAACACUAUAAGCACCCAGAACCCUUCAGUUCAUAUAAGUGGUGAACUGUCACUGUCUCAGAAAUGGCAAUUUAUUACCCUGUAGAACUGACUGCCUCUAGUGGACUCCAGGUCACCUACAUGACGCUGGAUGUCCUCACUCUCUGUGUCAGUGAAAUCCCCAUAGGCAAGCAUUGAGGCACUAUAGUGAAUAGCCUUCCGAGUUCUGCAAUAUGGAAUGGAACUUUCUAUUUCAUGUGUACACUACUGGUAGAAGUUAAUAGUGCUUUAUCCAUUCACAGCAAUCUGAGAGCUCUGUGCUUUCAAACACCCUACUCCCCUCUGCGGCAGACUGGAGAAAUAUCACAGCCGGUAUCUGGGUUUGAUUUUAUUGUAUUCUGUUUAGAAAAUAAAACACUUGGGAGCAUUAUUUACCCCCGGGUGUAAAGUUUCUUUAAUACGUUGUGAUCCAGGUUCCUUGUGAUAGCAGACAGGUCUCUGGGUAAAAGGAGUCUCUUUGCAACACGCUAUUUGUUUGUUAUUAUAUGAAAAUAUUGUGACUCUGUACAGUUCAUGUAAGGAAAGGGUUCUUUUUCUGCGAUGGAGCUUGUUACGGGGCGAUUUCACUGGUGGAGCAGCAUGGAGUUAUGAUCUCUUGUUUAGGUGUCUGUAUCCUGGAUAAAGAGAAGUGGUUGUUAUAGUCUGUUUAUUCACACUGGUGCAGGUAUACACGUCAGGUCAGCCAUGUGCUGGCGAAAAUAGCAGGGCCAUAUUCUUAAAGUACAUGCCCCAUGUGCAACUUUCACUUUGUAAUUUUAUUGAAAAACAAAAAAAGCUUCAAUGGUUUUUCUACAGUAGAGACCAUUACAGAUACUUCUUCCUAGACGUUUUAGCCUGUUUGUCCAAAUCAAAUACAUUUCUCUUUUUUUCGAUCAGUCUGGAAUCUACCUGGCGAGUCUUAUUCAGUGAAUGUCUUAUUAUACGUUUUAAUCUUCCAACAAAUAGGAUGCCAAAGGUAAAUCCCAGAAUGAUCUAUUUAUUGAUUUGAAUGAAUCCCUCCAAACACAUUUUUGCACAAGUCUAAUUGUUUGGUGAUCUUGUAAAGAAGCCUUUAUUUUCCUUUUUAAGUAGAUGUUUUCUAGCUAGUAUACAGCUUCUCUGAUCACUUGGCUGAGAUUACUACAAGUAACUCUAAAAUAUGUAGCUUUAGUUUACAAAGUGCAGGGCUCAGCAUUUUUACUAGCCGUGAUUAAAAAAAAAAAAAAAAUUGUAACCCUGGUGCAAGUGGAAUAGGAAUUUUAAGCCAUGCAAAGUGCACAACUUUUGUGGUGGAUACUGUCAUCUGUUGGUAGUGGCACUGAUUUGUACUUUUACCAAAUAAUUUUAAUACGUUGCUCUGCACAGGCAUUACCUCUGCAAACAUGACGUUGUCAAAUCCAUCUAUGGCACUGCUCUGGCUGGACAUCUGCGGGGCUUCAGCCAGGUUCCUUUUCCUUUUUCGAUAAAAAUAGUAGGCAGCUGUAACGCAUGCUAACAGGAGCAAAACUCCAAGAACUAUAGCCACUGUCGUCCCGGUGUUAUUGCUUCCUGCAAACAAAGGAGUUGCAUCCCAUUAGCAUAACACACUGAAUGAGAGAUCCUUGAAUCAAAUGUGUCCCAUGUCCUUGGUGUGUCAUUCCUUUAACAUUAUUAGCAAGAAAUUACCAUCCGAAUCACGAAUGCCAAUAUGUAUGGUUAGCACAUUAUUUAAAGGGGCAGCAUAACCACUUCACUAUUCAUAACUAUAGUGAUCCUUUAGUUUCAAAAAAUGUAUUCCUAACACUAUAGAGCUGGAGUAAAUAUUUAGGGCCCAGCCCCCUUCAGAGUGGAGUUAAAAAGGUGUUUUACGUACUUUUUCUCCAUUGCUGCGGCUGGCCCCGCCUCCAUGGCUGAGCUAAUUAAACUUGAUGAUUUUUUAGUGAAUCCAAUGUUUUCCCACUAGAAAAGCAAUGGGAGGCUAUUGCGUACGCGUGGCAUAAGUCUGCAUUGUUCUGCACCAAUCAGCAUCUCCAUGCAGAGAUCUUACACAGGAAGCACCUCUAGGGGCUGUCUGACUACACCUAGAUAUGUUACUAGGCAGCGUUGUUAAUACUCUGUAAAGGUAGCUUUGCUUUGAAAAGCCUUCAGGGGCAGGCUACAGACACCCGAAUCACUACAUAAAAGGUGUAUUCUAUACAUUAAGCUGUAGUGAUUCUGGUGACUAGAUUGUCCCUUUUAAACAGGUGCUCAGCCACUGGCAGCCUGGUUGUCAAUGACUAAGGAGCGGGGGAAGAACAGAGCUCUGCUUCACAGAAUACCCAGGGUAGCAAGCUCCAAAUCACUGGUAUGAAUGGAGCAUAACUCCACCUCCGCCAUAUCGUAUGAUUGUCUAGUAAUCCAUAAUAAAGGAGGGAAACUAAAUGGAACAGACAGCCCUCCUGUAGCUGGUCACUUUGAGUGCUGCCAGGGCCGGCACUACCAUUAGGCAAAUAAGGCAUUCGCCUAUGGUGCCGGCCUGUUGAGGGUGUCAUGCUGCUUUCUGGGCUGAUGUACUGGGCGAGUGGACUCCAUGGCCACCCCCAGCACAGCCAUUCAGUUGCUGAGCUCACUCUGCAGCCUGUUACCUGCGCAGGGAGUGGGGUUUACUGUAACCCCAGCACCCAAGCAGAGUUCCUGCAGGUAGGGGAAGCCGGGACAUGACUUUGUAUCCUGGCUGCCCCCUGCCUGUGGAUGCCGGAACCACAGGCCUGUGCUCACAGUGCUUGGCUCUCCUGCUCCCCCCCACCAGGAACAAAAAGGCUUCCUGCAGCUUUGGGGUUGCUGCUCCUCUUUCCCUCCAUUCACAUCACUUAGGUGUGGCCCAUCUGCAGGUAAGGGGAACUGAUUAUUUUGUAGAUGAUUGUAAAUUGGUGUGUGGCUAUAUAUAAAGUGGUGUGUUUGUGACCCUGUGAGUGUGCACCUGACUGUGUGUUGGUGAGAAUGUUAAACAGUGUUACUUUGACACUUACAGUAUCACUAUAUCAGUGAGAUUGUGUAAGUGACGCUGUUCAUGUCAGUGUGUGUGUCAGUGUCACUGACACACUAACCACUCGCUGUAUGUGUGUAUUGAUAUAUGUAUUAGGCGGUGUGUGUAUGUAUUGGACUGUUUGCUCAUGGUUAAUUGGAUGUAAUAGGCAGUAUGUAUGCAUGCCUGGAUGUAUGUAUUAGGCAACGUGUGUAAAUGGAUGCAUAUACUGGAUGAGUGUGUUUAUAUUGGGCAUUGUGUCUCUCUCCUAAAGUCUGCCAGUCUCUGUUCCCUAAUAUCUCCCAAAGCUGUUUGUUUUCUAAAUUUCUCACUUAAAGGGAUACUAUGGUGCCAGGACUGCAAAGAUGUGUUCCUGGCACUAGAGCUCUCUCUGCAUCCCCACUGCAGUGAAUAAAGGGUUAAAGACCCUUUAUUUACUUACAUGUGCUAAUGUCCCUUGGUGCUGGGUUGUGGCUCCGCCUACUCAACGCUACUGAUGAGGGGGCCCAAAUGCGCAUGCACAGAGUGCCACGUGCAGUAGGACCUCCCCAUAGCAAAGCAUUGAAUCAAUGCCUUCCUAUGGGGAUAUAGCUGACACGUGAUGUCCUUGUGCAGAGCAUGAGGAUGUCCAGCGUCAGUUACCAGACCAAAAGUCUGUUAACAUCUAGGAAGCGGUCCAGUGGCUGUCAGGCAGACUUAGUGCUAC